UGACCUUAAUGUAUUGUCACAUUACGGCAGGGUUGCCAGGUCUGUGUGACAAAACCAGCCCAAAAACCAGCCCAAUAUCAGAACUCAAAAUAUGCCCGUGCCAAACCAUAUACACUGCUUUUAAAGUCCAUGUCCAGUACCGCUGCUAACCAUGUUGGUGCCCUAAGCAUAACUCCUUCAUGAUAGGAAAGUGACCCGCGGCGAGCGUUGUAACCGUUGAAAACCGCGGACCUGGCAACACUGCAUGACGGAAGCCUUCUGGCGUCGCUCUUGCUCCCAGAGACUCGAGCUCACGUGAGCGGACCGCAGCGCUCCUCCCGCUCCUCCCGCUCCUCCCGCUCCUCCGGUCCGUCGGUGAGGACGUGGCGUAGCGGAAGCCCCGGAGAGACGAGCUCCGAGACAUGCGGACACGACAGCGGCUCCGUUCUUCCACGUGGACCCCGUAAUUUACCAAAACACUGGGCUCUCCGUGGCAGCCGGGGAGCGCGCGUUUCGCCGUUGCGCAGUGCAGACAAGCAGGCGCGAGCAGGGCGGCGCGAGCCAGAGGUGUUCUCCAGAUGUGAACCUUUCGAGCGCAGACCUCCCCACAUUUAAGCGGUUUUCUGUCCACACAUCGACGAUGCAGACGGGUGUGUUCAUGGAGUCUCACCUGGACAGGUUGGUCCCAUGCGUCCUGUCCCUGUACCUGCUGAUACACGUGAGCCAGGCUGCACCAGGUCUGAUUGGGACACAAAGGGAAGAAGCGGUCAAUGUCGUAGCACUAGCCGAUCCAUUUAGCUUCGGAGACCGCGGAUUGCUGCAAAGUUACAUCCAAUCAAGUCUGAAGGAUGGCGAAGGAGGUCCAGAAAUCAGCACCAGGGAGCAAGAGGUGUUCUUCCUGUUUGGUCUCCAUGACUACGACCGCAGUGGGCUGCUGGAUGGCUUGGAGAUGAUGAAGCUACUUUCAGACUACAACUCCUACCAUACACCUGGAGCGCAGAGCAAUGAGCUGGUGGUGUCCAUGGUAGAUUCUUUACUCCAGAGUCAGGAUCUAAACCGGGACGGCCUGUUGGCCCCAUCCGAGCUGCUCUCUCCUCCAUUACCUCACACACCGGACUCCAGCAACAACAAUGCACCUCGCCAGGAGGCGGCAGCAGAGGAGCAGCUGUCAAACCCCGGUCCCUAUGAGGAGGAGGAGGCUCAUGUCCAGUUGCAGCCUCAAGAUAUUCCAAAACAUGCACCGGACCCCAAAGCCCCAGUUCAUCAGGGGCAACCAGAGAUGUGAAUGUAUGCACAUGAGGUCCAGAAUAAUUCAUCUGGAGUCAGCAGCGAGUUAAACGUAACAUCAGGGGGAUCUUUUUAAUCUUCAUCCCCACAAAUCUGUCUCUUGACUAGAAUUGUAAAAUACUAUUAUCAUUUUAAUUUGACCUUUAAGCACGAAGAUGUUUUUUUUAAUGAAAAGAUUCACGUAUUGAAAGUGCUCCUGAUACUUUUUUAACCAUUUUUGACAACCACUAAUUACUUGUAAUAAUGAAUGCAACGUUUUCUAUAACUAUAAAAGCGACAUAGGUGCUGAAUUCAAAAUGCAAUAUUACUCGUAUUAGUGAAGCAGAAGCCAUCCUUAAUGUGGAUCAGUACGUCACAAUAUUGGUUUUACAUUUGAUUGCCUACAUUGAUGACAUCUUAAAAGUGGAAGUGCAUUUGUUAUUAUAUUUAUUUAGCCUUUGUUUGGCCUGGGGGGGGGGGAACAGCAUAUUUGUGUUUAAUUUGAAAAUAUAUAUACUUUUUCUCUGUAAUUAUCAUCUGCACACCCUGGUUGGCCUUAUUGUGUCUGCCCCACUCUUGGGUUAGGAUUUGCACUUAAAAAUGAUGCACCAGGAUUUAUAAAGCACGUUUACCAAAUAAACCAGACUUAUUUCAGUUAGUCUGACUCAUUUUCAAUUGAUAACAUUUAAAAAAUAAAGACAAUUUAAUAUUGUCCAAGCUCAGUUACUCACUUGAGUUGUUUAGCAAGUUCCUGUAACACUGAGACAUUAUUUAUUUGUAAUGCACUUGUUUAAGAUCCAGUAAGUAUUCUAUUUUGCUGAGGAUUUUAAUCUAGCUGAAUGAGUUGGGAACCUUGGAUUUACAGAUAAAUACAGUGUUCUUAAUGUGUACUUAAUAAAUUAUAGCUUAUAACAUCCAUCUUUGGUGGAGCAGGCUUAAAGAUGUUUUUCUUAACAAGUCCAGGAAUGCCCAAUUUAAAUUAUAUUUGUUAUUGACUAUAAUAUUCAAUCUGUAUCUGCAAACUUGAAUGAGUUUACAGUGUAAUUUUGGUUCUUUACCCUUUUUACCCAUAGAAAAAAAUAAAGCAAACAUUUCUCUGUCCCUCUGCCCUUAA